AGUGGUGGAUGGAGCCGAGUUAAAUGAAUGAGAUGCGGGCUGAUAUGGACCAGACAGGCGGAUGAUAAGAGGAUGAACCGGCCGAUGGAGCAUCAGGAUCAUCAUUUGAAUCCCGGUUCAACAUUUGAAGAAAAAGAACAGUAAAUUGAAUCAGCUAUUUUUAAAUCUGUGACUGCAGAUACAGCCCUAUACAUUUUUCGGUUAACAUUAACGUCGGUGAAGCUGGAGCUGUCUUCGUUGAUGAUGAUAAAACCCUGAUUAUGCACCAAGUGUUUUCUCCCAUACAGCGGGGAUGAGGCUCUCUCUUGAAGCAGGAUAGCAACCAUCGCAGAGCGGGGUUAAUAGAGGAAUGAGCUGCAGCAGGGAACAACUCUUUAAUGCCAAACUCGGUUGAAGGAAUUUAAUUUAAUGGCACAGCGGACUGCACGAAAGAGCCAGCGUCUGAAAGCGGGAUUUAUGAGAAGUCGAUUUAUUGGACGUUUUUUCGGCUGAGGAUAAGUAAAUCUACAUCUGUCAUAUUUCAGUGUUGUGUUACAUGUUUGUUCACACAGGCAGCAGCUAACGGAGUAACGUUACUUUAAUCCUGCUAGCAACGGGUGGAUCAUAUUUUGCGCAGUUUUACCGGUUAGACAACCGGUCGUUCGUCUAUUUCGAAUAGUUUUUCUUUUUAUUUUGGCAAAUUUAACAGCCUAAAUGAUUCUAUAAAUCACACUGCCUUUCCUGCCUGUAUGGCCCCGAGUUUAGCCCGCUAAUCGUGGUUUUAUGAGGAGUUUUAUUUAGCUAACGGUUGCAACUACUAGUUAGCAGUCAGUGCUGCCGCUGCGUUCAUCAUGCAUGCACAGACACGUUUGCUUGGAUGAAACCAUCAGACAAAAAUGUACUCCAACAAGGGCAUGACAGAAACAACACCACCACCAAGCCCAUGUCUGGACUGAGAGGAGCUCCGUGGCCGUGAAGCCACAACAACCACAGCGGCGUUAAGUUGGACACACUGAGAAGGGGGAUCAAAAGCUGAAGCUAGGCUGUUCACAUCGCCCUCAAGAGACCACCGAGAGGAUAAUUUUCGACUCAACGAAAGAGGCAGAAAUACAGCAAAAAUGGGAGAGCAGCCCAUCUUCAGUACCCGGGCCCACGUCUUCCAGAUCGACCCCAACACCAAGAAGAAUUGGGUUCCCACGAGUAAACAUGCUGUCACGGUCUCAUACUUCUUCGACUGUACCAGGAGUGUAUAUCGAAUCAUCAGUCUGGAUGGAUCUAAGGCAAUUAUCAACAGCACCAUCACCCCCAACAUGACGUUCACCAAGACGUCUCAGAAGUUUGGCCAGUGGGCCGACAGCCGGGCGAACACCGUGUACGGCCUGGGCUUCUCCUCUGAGAGCCAGCUGGCCAAGUUUGCAGAAAAGUUUGCUGACUUCAAGGAGGCGGCGCGGUUAGCGAAGGAGAAGUCUCAGGAGAAGAUGGAGCUCAGCAGCACUCCCUCUCAGGAGUCCAUCCCGGGGGAUCUGCUGUCUCCUUUAUCUCCAGACACCAUCAACGGCACGGAGCUGGAGCGUGUCACACCUGACACGCCUCAGCACAUCGAAGCCAGAGCAGAGCCAUCCCAUAAAACACUGCCUCCCUCACACAGUUCCUCCAGUAUGAAUAAGCACUGGGAGGCGGAGCUGGAGGCUCUGAAGGGGAACAACGCCAAGCUGACGGCCGCUCUGCUGGAGUCCUCGGCCAACGUGAAGCAGUGGAAGCAGCAGCUGGGGGCGUACCAGGAGGAGGCGGAGCGGCUGCACAAACGGGUGACGGAGCUUGAGUGUGUGAGCGGCCAAACCACAGUGAUCAAAUCCCAAAAGACAGAACUCAACCAAACCAUCGAGGAGCUGGAGGCGGCGCUGAAGGCCAAGGAGGAGGAGUUAGAGAGACUUAAAGAAGAGGUGGAGAGUGCCAAUGGCUUUCAGUUUAAGAAAGAGUCCCUUUCACAGAAACUACAGGACACGGAGUCCAGGAACCAGGCGUUGGAGUCACGGCUGAGCGAGCUGGAGCAGCGCCUGGAGGGCCAGCAGCAGGAGCGCGAGGCGUUCAGGGACAGUCUGCGCUCGCUGCUGGAGCUGCUGGACGGGAAGAUCUUUGAGCUGACGGAGCUUCGCGACACGCUGGGGAAACUCCUGGAGAGCAGCUAGAGACGAAACACUGUUAACACAUCUCAUCAUCGUCAUCAUCACAGCCAGCGCCAGGAGGAAGAACACCUGCAUGUUGGCCCUCACUGACAGAACUUGAAUUAGUUUUGUCUCCACAUGUAUACGUGUGAAAGUUUACACACAACCUGAUGCAUUUACGGUACACACUUUUUUUGCUACGUCAGAUUUGUACAUGUUUACAAACCAGCCGAGCGAACGAGGCUUUGCUCGUCGGAUCAUGCCUUCCCUGGAAUAUUCUUUACAUUAAAAAAAAAACAGAAAUUGAAUCUCCGUUUGCGGGGACAUUUUGCUUCUUCAAUCAUGCAGACUUUUUAUUAUCGAGCUAACGAGCUGCGCAUUAUUUUCCGAGCUUCACUUCGGUGCAUUCAGCUGGAGCCGGGGAUUGCUCCUUUUUCCUUUUCAUCAUCAGCCAAAUGAACACUAGGAGUCAGAGGAGAAGGACUCGAGCUUUUCUUCAACACUCUGAUUCAUUUUUAAACUCUUGAGGAAUGUCAUGAAGAGAAAACUACAAAUGUUCCUCCUGUGACUGAAAUCCAUCGAGGGACUGCCAAAAAAAAGAAAAAGACUUAUAUUCUUCUACAAUAGUUGAGCAAUACAAAAAAAGGGAGCAUCAGAGUGUAACACUUUCCACUCUCACUUUCAGGUACUUCUCUCUCGGACAUGUCUAGACCCCAAGCGAUUUUAUUCACUUUCUUUCUAUACACUUUUUUAAAGAAUAGUGCACUUGUAAAAAUGGAGUUUGUGUGUAUGAGUGAAUUCUCUCCUCUUGUUUCUGUUGCGACUUUAGGUGCAAUGAUUGAAUCCUUUUUUUGUCGUUAAUUAUUACUAACUGUUACUGAUGAUGUACAAAAGCAAAAGGACUUUAUUUACACGUCAUCUUUUUUUAUUGUCUGGUACGUCGGUGUUGAUUGAGUUUUGUUUUUAUCGGAAAAAACUGGCAAUAUUUUUGAACUAUUUAUGAAAAUGAAAGGAGAGUAUAAGGAAUGAAGCAUAGGUUGGGUUUGCAGAGAAUCUAUUUUCUUUUGCCAAAUAAUGUUUUCCUGUACAGAUUUGAAUUGUUGCUGAUGUUGCCUUUGACACGCAUCAAUGGUAGCAAACUAGCGGUACUUUCUUUUUUGUGGGAUUUACUGUUGCCAAAAAUUCAGCGACGUUAAGAGGAAUGGUAUAUAAUUCACCUGAAGAACACUAUUUAAGGGCUUGUUGUUAGUUCGGGUACAUUUGGGAGACUUGAAUGAUUUUAGCGUUGACUUUAUCACGUUGAACAUUACGAAUAUUGCAGCUUGAAAGGGAAAAAAAAACAUUUGAAAAAACUUUUAAAUGUUGAUUAUACCACAUGCUUAAAAAACACAAUUGUAAUUUUGAGUUUUUGGUAAAAGAACAGUAAAAUGAAA